AUGUUGGUGUUGUUAGUGCUUUGCUUUUUAUCGUUUCUAAGCAGUGGACAAGCUAAGGCGUCUUGUAAUUUAGUACGAUGCGCUAAACCUUUAUGCGGGUCAGGUGCUCUUCCGAUUAAAGAUCCAUCCGGAUGUUGCGAAAUCUGCGCAAAAAGACAAGUAGGAGAAUCAUGUGGUGGAUCAACCAAGGGUGUUUGUGAUGACCAUCUUUUUUGUAAAGUAAAUAGCCAACACUCAAAAUAUGGGAUAUGCGAGCGUAAUAAUCCCGAUUGCCGAAGUCCAUCAGAUACUGGUCCAUGCAGAGGGUAUUUCAUAAAAUGGUUUUUUAAUCAUGCCAAAAAAAUAUGUCAACAAUUUGUUUAUGGCGGAUGUGGUGGAAAUAAUAACAGAUAUAACAGUAAAAUAUCUUGCGAAAAGUCGUGUGCAAAUAAAAUUAACUAAAAUAUUCAAUCACAUGAACUUUGACCCAUUAGCAGCAAGACGUCUGUCUUGCCUGAUAUACAAGCAACAGGGGAAUUUUAACAUUAUUUAGAUUUAUAAGUGCGGUGUAAACAUUUUUUUAAAUUUCUUAC